CAUCAAAGCAGUUUGGCUUAAAACGUACGUGCAAAUCUGCGAGCUCCGCGAUCUGUCUUAUUCCUUCGCUCAUUCCCACUGCACUCGUGCGCAUCACCUUCUCUGUCUCACUCCUUGUCUCUCUUCGUCGUCGCUGCCGCCGUCGUCAAUGGGAUCGAGCGGGGCGGGGAACGGGGUGGGGUCGCCAUGCGGGGCGUGCAAGUUCCUGCGGAGGAAGUGCGCGGCGGACUGCAUAUUCGCGCCCUACUUCAGGACGGAGCAAGGGCCGGCGCGGUUCGCGGCGAUCCACAAGGUGUUCGGGGCAAGCAACGUGUCGAAGCUGCUGCUCCAUGUCCCCGUUGCCGACCGAUGCGAGGCGGUCGUCACCAUUGCCUACGAGGCCCAGGCCCGACUCCGCGACCCCGUCUACGGCUGCGUCUCCCAGAUCUUCGCCCUCCAGCAGCAGGUCGCGUGUCUACAAGCACAGCUGAUGCAAGUGAAGGCCCAAGUGGCCCAGAAUCUGAUGAUGGACUCCAGGAACAACAACGUCGUAACGCAAAACCCUCAGCAACAAUGGGGAGGAUAUAAUAGUAAUUAUAAUACAAGUGGAGUCCAAGCUUUCACGACCAAUCACAUGAUGAUGAUGAGCAACAGUUCGGCCUCUCCCACGAGCUCGCUCGAGUCCAUUGAUCACAGCAACAACAGCAACAACAGCAAUGGAGCGAUGAUGAUGGUUCAUCGUGAGACAGGGAGUAAUAGAGAUGGUUGUUACAAUUAUCAAGAGCUUUGUUUCAUGCAGCCAUCUUCAUCGUGCACCACCAAGAAGAGACCCCCCAGCUGCGACUUGAGCGAGCUUCACGCACUUGCCCAUACAAUGAUGAGGAACGGAUCGUGAUGGCAAUGAUCUUCAAUCUUGGUCUGAUCCUUCAUGCCUUUAUCAUGAUGAUCAUGGUGAUGAUGUAUGGCCAAACACGGUGUAAAUAGUAGAGACCCAUCAAAGG